UAUUUUUGGGUCUGCGUAAAACUACAACAUACCAACAGCCAAACAAACAAACAAACCAGAGGAAUUUAAUUGACGCAGCCCCUUUUUGAGAGAGACGCUAGAGACGAGCAGAGCAGUUGCUCCUCUUCACAAGUGAGAUUAGCCAUUUUUUUUCUCUCCAGCUUUCACCCACCCUAAAACUGUUUUACUUUCCACACAUGGACCAUGAGGAGGAUGAUGAUGUUAACUUUGCCAAGUGGAUGAGCAGCUUCUGGGGGCACAGCGUGCCAGAUGAGACAAAGAGGGAUCGCAGAGCCAGCUGGAGAAAGAAGACCAGUGUGGAGUCUGAGAGGAGAGCCUCGCUGCCCUGCCCGGCCCAACUGUCUGCGAUGCACCUGACCAGGCUGCAGACAUCCUCGAUGGGGCCGUCUCCUGUCUACCUGGAGAGCUGCAAGGAGCCCCGUGAGGAGAAGGAGUUCAGAGGCCACAUGAAAGUGCGCAGAGCUUCCUCCUCUGGAGAGACCCGCCGGAAAGCCUCAGUACCAGAGAACCGAAUCAGCACCAUCAACGAGCUGUCUGAAUCCUUCGAGAGGAGUCUCCACUUCCGUCGUCGACAAGCAGCUUCCCAGGGUGAAAAUGAUGACCCCUGUGUGAUUUGUCAUGAUGACCUCAAGACUGACACUGUCAAAGAACUCCAGUGCAUGCAUAAGUUCCACAAAGAGUCUUCUGUUAACCAGGAAGACAACUGUCAAGCUGCUCAGAAACCUUCCUUUUGUUGUGACGGCUGAUGUUUUGAGUUUUGUUGGAAACUCUUACAACCGUGAAGUUGGUCACCUGACCCCACUUGACCACAACUAUCCUGUUGAUAUCUCAGUGUUUAUAUUGUUUAAAGCUAAUUGCCUGUUAUAUUUACAAAUCCUAGUUUUCCUUUAUAUAACAAAAUGAGCCUUAAGAAUGACAGGUUGCCACAUCUAUUCUUUCAUGUAGCUCAUGUUCUAGAGGCUGUUUAUAAUUGCCAAUGCCAUGUUGACUUGUUUAACCACUUGUUUUAAAACACUGGUUGGCUAGUAAUGAAUACUGCUUUUGAUAUGUUGGCUUUUAGUCAUUUGUCGAAACAGCUCUGUUAACUAAAUAUUUCCCUUAGUAUUGCUUGUCUGUCUCAGUGUACCAAUUCCAAAUGUAUCAUGGUCAUGUGUAAAGAGUGCUUAAAUUGUGUUUUUAUAGUUUCAAAUUAAUAGUUUAUCUAUUAAUGAACUUUUUUUCUCUGGUAAGUGAGGCAAAAGGUAGUCAGAAUAUGUGGAACUAAGUCCCUUAUAUUGUAGGUAAAGUUGGGACGUUAAUCAUUUCUUAAAAAAGCAUUGCUGCAGUUUUUGUAAAUGUAAAUACAAAAUAUAUUUUUUUCUGAAAUUAAGUUUUUUAUUCCAAAAAUACCCUAAUGAUAAAUUAAAUUCCAAUUCAGUCCCAACAUAUAUAGUAGGGAAGAAUACUUGUGGUCUUGUGUCGCAAAGUAUUACCAUUAGCUACAGAAAAUGACUUGUUAGCCACAGAUUCUGGGAGUGCGCCCUAAGAGAAUACUAAAUAAUUACUUAUACAUUUAUUGGCACUCUUACCUCAAAGCAAUAUGUUUUCAACACAAUUUAAACACUACUUGUAAUAUGCCUCCUAGUAUGGCAAUUGCUAUAUAACAAGAAAUGUUUGCAGGCAGCAGAUAUAUACAUCUACAAACAGUAGAACCUGUCUUAUCCGAUUUCAAAAACAGGUUGACAUUUCUGGCAAAUCCUGUGUUGAACUUUGGCUUGAGUAAGCAACCCUGAAAAUUGUGUCCAAUCUGUGACUAUCAAAAAUAUACCAAAUCUCUUGGUUUUCUUUGAGAAUGACACUCAUAUUUAUUAAUUAAAGACAUUGUUGGAACUGAGGCCUAGUUUAAAAGGAUCAAGAUACCUUAAGAGUAGACCAAGCACUGUAAAAAUCUAAUUGCCGAAAACAAAUAUACUUUUAAUGGCGCCGGCAUUUCUUGUUUCCCAGUAGUUGUUAACACUGGACUGCUUUGAAUUUCUAUUUUUAAUUGUUCUGUACUAAUCUGUAACCUGUGUAAUGUAACAUAGUGUUUCUAGAUCUAGAACUGACAUUGAUGUGGCAACCUUGUACGCAUAGUAUGCUUGUAAACUGUGCUGUAAUAAUAAAGAGAUGGUGAAGACAACUUUGGAAGUCAAUAAAAGC